UCUCGCCUGCUGCCCCCCCCAAUGAAAAAUAAACCGAAGACCUCCUGCCGCAGGGUGGCUUUCGCCUCUGAAGCCGCCGCUCUGUGGCCCAAGGCGAGCGCCCUCCGUCGAAGGUCUCGGGGUUGGGGCGGGAGCCGCGGGAAGGGCGGCGUGGCCUUGGCCUCCGCGCGUCUUCCGCCGAGCGCGGCCCGCGACCGGUUAUCUCCGCCCGGGACCCCGCAGAGCGCGCCGGGCGCCCUCGGGGUGCGGGGCCCAGGACACUCGCUGUGUGGGCAGAGCCAGCCCUUAUCCUCUGGGAGCUUCCUGUCGAGUGGGGAGACGUAGAAUAAUCACACACACCCUAAACAAUCACGGAAAGGUGCAGCCGGCAGGCGAGGAAGGGGAGUGUGGAGUGACAGAGCUCGUCAGUUUACGCCCGGACAGACGAUCAAACUGAGCAAACGUUCUCUUUGAUUUUCUCCUGUAUCACAAAAUUGAUUAUGGAAGAUUCUCACAAGAAUAACGCUUCAGAGACAGCACCUCAGUCUGGUUCAACAGUUCAGGGAGCUCAUAUUUCUCAUAUUCCUCAACAGAUGUCAUUAAGAGGAUCUGCGCCAGUGACAAUUGUACCUCUUCCUGGAGAGCAAGUACAGGUUCAGGGGGUCAUCCAGACAGCUCAGUCUUCUGUAAUUCACCCACCACACGUGCAAACGGUAUCAUCUUUAUCAGAAAGUGAAGAGUCUCAGGACUCAUCUGACAGCAUAGGCUCCUCACAGAAAACCCACGGGAUCCUAGCACGGCGCCCAUCUUACAGAAAAAUUUUGAAAGACCUAUCUUCUGAAGAUACACGGGGCAGAAAAGGAGACGGAGAAAAUCCUGGAGUUUCUACUGUCACUUCUAUGUCUGUUCCAACUCCCAUCUAUCAGACUAGCACCGGACAGUACAUUGCCAUUGCCCCAAAUGGAGCCUUACAGCUGGCCAGUCCAGGCACAGAUGGAGUACAGGGGCUUCAGACAUUAACCAUGACAAAUUCAGGCAGUACUCAACAAGGUACAACAAUUCUCCAGUAUGCACAGACCUCUGAUGGACAGCAAAUACUUGUGCCCAGCAACCAGGUGGUUGUACAAACUGCAUCAGGAGAUAUGCAGACAUAUCAGAUCCGUACCACACCUUCAGCUACUUCGCUACCACAAACCGUGGUGAUGACAUCUCCCGUAACCCUUACAUCUCAGACAACUAAGACAGAUGACCCCCAACUGAAAAGAGAAAUAAGGUUGAUGAAAAAUAGAGAAGCUGCUCGAGAAUGUCGCAGAAAGAAGAAAGAAUAUGUGAAAUGUCUGGAAAAUCGAGUUGCAGUCCUGGAAAAUCAAAAUAAAACUCUAAUAGAAGAGUUGAAAACUUUGAAGGAUCUUUAUUCUAAUAAAAGUGUUUGAUGCUUAAGAAAGAACAUAUUUUGUGGACUUGCCUAAAAAUUAGACGGAAUUUCUUUUCUUUUUUAGUGGAGUUUUAUGAAUUAAAAGGUCAAAAAUGAAGCUUUUAUUUAGGCUUUUGCAACUCAAAGAUAAAUAUCUUAUGCAAGAGAUCUGGUGACAGAGGAUAAAGUGGAAAAAGACCUCAAGGAGGUUACUGGCACAACUGGAAGCUCUGUAAAAAUUAAACAUACUCAAGAAACAAGAAAUGAACUUUCACAAAUUCAAAUUUUCUAAAUAACAAUAGUUGUCAUAUUCCAAAAAUGGCAGAUAAGAUGAAAUUUGAUAAAUCAGAUUUUUAAAAAUAAAUCAAUUUACCCUAUAGGUUUGCAUUUCUUACCAUUUCCUAAAAUUUACCUUUUUCAAUUGUGUGUGUGUGCAACUUCUGCCAAUAAAUUCUAAAUUACAAAUAGAAAAAAGCUAAUAUACAACUAAAUAUAUAAACUGUGUGUUCUGAUUAUGUAUACUUGCUCUAUCAUCAGGUCUUAAAUGGGUUUUUAAAAGUUUGUUUAUUGGACUUGAGAGGAUUUUUGAGACUGGGUUAACUAUUUUUGAGGCCUUGUCCUAAAAGGCAUCUAAGGUACAUGAAUGGAGUGUGGUGAUUUUUGUAACAUUUUUUUAUCAGAAUGGAAAGAGAAUUGUUUAAAAGCUUGAUACUUUUAAAUGGUUUGUUUUUUGGUUACUCUGGGAAUGGUGAUUUUCUACAAAUAUUUAAUAAAUUGUUUUUUGAUUCUAUAUUCUGUAUGCAGUUAAAUAUACAUUACUUAUUCUGUUGUGCUUUAAUAGAAUGGAAUGUUUACAGGCCCUUGAGAUGUUAGAGUAUUUUAAAAACCUUCUGAAGAUGCAUACCAAAGUUUUCCAAGAGGAUUUUAUCAUUGGUUUAAUGUAAGGUUUAUCAGAUUCUAAAACAGUACAGUUACUAAGGCAAUUUUAUGUGAGAGACUAUUUUGUAAUGUAGUGAAUGGUACAUUUAUAAGAAAUGUGACUGCCAAUAUAUUUUUAUAGCUAAUCUUUAUAAAUUCUAAAGUUGAGUUUUUAAUGAUUAUUUUAAAUGUUUAUAUAGUUUGUUAGUAAAAAAUAUUUUGCAUCUCAAAGUAUCAUUUUUAUAUUAUAGGAAGUAAAGUUUCCAGAUUGGCUAAUAUUUGAAUUGUAAGUUUUGUAUGCAGUUUAUCCAGAGUUCAAAAAUACUGUCAGCACACCAGUGUUUAACCUCUGUAUUCCAAUUUGUAUACACUUUGAAAUUGUACUGCAAAACUAUUGUGUGCUUCUUAUACAAUAUGUAUCAUAUUGUUGUCUAUGAAAUUAAAGGACAUUUGAUAAAAAUUAAGUUUGCCGAAUGUAAAAUAUAUUGCUUGAUAUACG